AUGAAUAAAUUAAAUAAUAAAGUUGCAAUUAUAACUGGUGGAAGUGAUGGAAUAGGAAAAGAAACUUGUAAGAUAAUUGCAAGAGAAAUUGGCACAAUUGUUAUUGGAUGUAGAAAUAAACAAAAAGGUGAAGUUGCUGCUAAAGAAAUUUCAUCACACACUGGAAAUAGUAAUAUUAUCAUUUUAGAUUUAGAUCUUAGUAAACAAAAUUCAGUAAAAUCAUUUGUAAAUGAAUUUAAUAAAUUAAAUUUACCAUUAGAUUUAUUAAUUAAUAAUGCAGGUGUUAUGUGUCCACCAUUUUCAAUAACUCAAGAUGGUUAUUCAUUUCAAAUUGCUACUAAUCAUUUUGGUCCAUUUUUAUUAACAAAUUUAUUAUUAAAAAAUUUGGAAAAAAGUGAAAAUCCAAGAAUUUUAGUUUUAACAUCUGAUAGAUUUAAAGAUGCCGAUUUAUCAUUGAUUUUAAAUGAUAAAAUAAAUGUUGAAUCAGAGGCAAACUAUAAUCAAUUAAAAGAUUAUUCACUUUCGAAAUGUUGUAAUCUAUUAUUCACAAAGGAAUUACAAAGAAAAUUAAUUGAAAAAGGUUCUAAAAUAGUAGUAAAUUCAAUUAAUCCUGGUAAAGUUCAAACUAGUUUACAACGUGAUUUUACUGGUAUUUUAAAAGUUGCUUUUUCAUUGAUGCCAAAUUUUAUUUUCACUCCAAUUCAAGUUGCUUCUAAAGAAUGUGCAAAAGUUGCACUUGGUACUGAUCCAUCACUUAAUGGUAUUAAAGGUUCUUACUUUAACAUUGGUGUAUUAACUGAAACUCCAAGACAAUUCAAUAGUAUUGAAAUUUCUAAAAAACUUUGGGAUAUUACUUCGAAAUUUACAAACAUUUCAAAUGAUUUAGUUUUAAAAUAA